AUGGGCCAGGACAAGCUGCCCAAGACGGACUCCCUCAACUCCGACGUCGAGAAAAGUGCAGCUACCCAUGUCGCUCACCCGGAAGCCGAUGAAAAGGCAGUGGCCGCAGCCACUCAACCUACCCACCGUACCCACAUCGACCUCGAUACCGGCGAUGAGUUUCUCCGCUUUCGCAGGCAUUGGUGGCAGCUCUGGUUCGUGCUCCCCAAGAACCCGCCUCCACCUGCCCCUCCCUCCCUAGACACCGCGCCUGUGACCCCGCUAGUCACCGCGUCGAUUAUCGCUAUUCUUACUUACACAUGGAUCAAUCCCAUAAUGACCCUCGGGUACCAGCGCACGCUGCAGGCGACCGACCUUCCCAAGAUGGACGAGAGUCGCGAGGCCGGUCUGCUCGGUGACCUGCUCGACGCUGCUUGGGCGCGACGCGUCGCAGCCGCCAAGGACUGGAACACACGCCUCGCCGCCGGCGAAAUAUCUCCUUCCGCGUGGAAACGCUUCGUCUGGGCGUUCAAGGCGCUGCGCUCUGGCAGCGCCGAUGGCGCGAGCCACCGUGAACGGCGCGUCGCGCUCGAGACCGCGUGGCGUGAGGUCGGCGGCAAGAAGGAAGCCAGCCUCACCUGGGCUCUCAACGACGUACUCGGACGCGACUUCUGGUUUGGCGGUGCAUUCAAGGUCAUAGGCGACACUGCGCAACUUAUGGGGCCCAUCCUCGUCAAGCAGAUCAUCAAAUUCGGACAGCAGCGCGCCGCGGCGGCUGCAACCGGAGGGACGCCCCCCAGCGUUGGCACAGGCAUCGGCAUGUCCAUCGGGCUCUUCGCCCUCACCGUCACCACCAGCGUUUGUUCUCAUCAGUUUUUCUGGCGCUCCACGACCGCCGGUCUCCUCGCCCGCGCUGCUCUGACCAGCUCGAUCUACAAACGAGGAGUGAGUCUGACAGGCAAAGCGCGCACGUCUCUGCCCAACGCUGCCCUGGUCACCCAUAUUUCGACUGACGUCAGCCGCGUGGACUCGUGCGCGCAGUGGUUCGUGACAUGGACGGCUCCCAUCCAGACCAUAGUCUGCCUGAUUAUUCUCUUGGUCCAGCUCGGACCAUCGACAUUGGCUGGUUUCUCGCUGUUCUUGCUCCUUAUACCGCUGCAAGAGCGUGUCAUGUCAUUGCAAUUCAAGACCGGCAAGAAAGGGCUCGUAUGGACUGAUCGGCGUGCCAAGAUCAUCCUGGAGGUUCUGGGUGCCAUGCGUGUUGUCAAAUACUUCUGUUAUGAGAACCCGAUCCUGAAGCGUGUCUUCGACAUCCGCCGGCAAGAGCUCAACAAUAUACGCAAGAUUCAGCUGAUGCGCUCCGCCAACAUCGCGUCCGCGUUCUCGGUGCCCAUCCUCGCCGCGACGCUCGCGUUCGUGACGUACACGUCGACGACGAGCGCCUUCGACGCCGCGAUCAUCUUCUCCUCGCUCUCGCUCUUCCAGCUCCUCCGGCAGCCGCUCAUGUUCCUCCCCCGCGCGCUCUCGGCGACGACGGACGCGCAGAACGCGAUCAUCCGGCUCACGAAGGUCUUCAACGCCGAGCGCGCGGACCCGAGCGCGGCGAUCGACAUCCGGCCCGAGCAGAAGCUCGCGCUCGUCGUCCGCGGCGCGUCGUUCGAGUGGGAAGAGAGCCAGGGCUCGGGCGACGCGCUCGGGGGGCCGAGCGCGAAGGGCGCGGGCGGGAAGAAGGACAAGGACGAGAAGAAGGACGGGAAGGGCGGCACGGCGACCCCGGCGGCGGUGGGCCCGCCGUUCCAGGUGAAGGACGUCGACUUGGACAUCGCGCGGGGCACGCUGGUCGCCGUCGUCGGCUCCGUCGGCAGCGGCAAGUCGAGUCUCCUCCAGGGCCUCAUUGGAGAGAUGCGCAAGGUCAAGGGAUCGGUGGCGUUCGGCGGCCGUGUGGCGUACUGCUCUCAGUCGGCGUGGAUCCAGAACGCGACUCUCCGGGAGAAUGUCCUCUUCGGCCAGCCUUUUGAGGAAGCCAGGUACUGGAAGGCCAUCGAGAACGCCUCGCUGCUCCCCGACUUGCAGGUGCUCGCGGAUGGCGACCUCACCGAGGCGAUCGAAUGUCCGUCUAACGCAUGCGCACAGAUCGGCGAGAAAGGCAUCAACCUCAGCGGCGGCCAGAAGCAGCGUCUCAACAUCGCCCGCGCCCUGUACUUCGACGCCGACAUCGUCAUCUUCGACGACCCGCUCUCCGCCGUCGACGCCCACGUUGGCAAGGCCCUCUUCUCCGACGCGAUCCUCGGCGCGCUCCGGAACCGCGGCAAGACCGUCGUCCUCGUCACGCACGCGCUGCACUUCAUGUCCCAGUGCGACUACAUAUACACCAUGCACGGCGGCCGAAUCUCCGAGCAGGGCACGUACCCCGAGCUCAUGGACAGCCGCGGGGUGUUCUUCCACCUCAUGGAGGAGUUCGGCGGGCAGACGAAGGAGGAGGAAGAGGAGGAGGAAGGCGACAUUGCGGACGCGCAGACCGCGGGACCGACGAUCCAGGUCGAGGACGCGAAGAACAAGGCCGAGGAGGUCGGGCAGCGCAAGGGCGCGGGGACGGGCAAGCUCGAGGGGCGGCUGAUCGUCAAGGAGCGGCGGACGACGGGUUCGGUCGGCUGGCGAGUGUACGGGCAGUACCUCAAAGCAGGUCGGGCGUACAUCACGCUGCCGAUUCUCCUCUUGUGCAUGGUGUUCAUGCAGGGCGCUUCGGUCAUGAACAACUACACCCUCGUUUGGUGGGAAGGGAACACUUUCAACAAGCCCAACACAUUCUACCAAACCCUCUACGCCCUUCUUGGUAUCGGCCAGGCGAUCUUCACUUUUGGCGUUGGCGCUGCUAUGGACGAGAUGGGUUUCUUUGUGUCGCAGAACCUUCAUCACAACUCGAUCCGCAACAUCUUCUUCGCUCCGAUGAGCUUCUUCGAUACCACACCUAUGGGUCGUAUCCUGAGCGUGUUCGGCAAAGAUGUCGAGAACAUUGACAACCAGCUUCCGGUCUCCAUGCGUUUGCUGGUGCUCACUGUCUUCAACGUCAUUGGUAGCGUCGUUAUCAUCACGAUUGUCGAGAAGUACUUCAUCAUCGCCGCCGUCGCCAUCGGGAUCCUCUACAGGUAUUUCGCGCGCUUCUACUCCGCGAGCGCACGCGAGCUCAAGCGUAUCGACAACAUGCUUCGUUCUCUGUUGUACGCCCACUUCGCCGAGUCGCUCUCCGGCCUCGCGACCAUCCGCAGUUAUGGUGUAGUCGAUCGUUUCCUCCGGGACAACGAGUACUACAUCGACCUUGAGAACCGAGCCGGCUUCAUCACCAUCACCAACCAGAGGUGGCUCGCCAUCCGACUGGAUUUCUGUGGCGGCGUCAUGGUCUUCAUUGUCGCUCUGCUCGCCGUCACCAACGCCACUGGGAUCAACGCUGCCGAGAUUGGUCUCGUCCUCACGUACACUACCUCCCUCACACAGCUGUGCAGCUUUGUCACUCGUCAGUCCGCAGAGGUGGAGAACUACAUGAGUUCCGUCGAGCGCAUGCUGGACUACAGCAGCAAAGAUCGCCUGCCGCAAGAGAAGCCGUACGAGAUCGAGGACAAGAAGCCGAAGGCGGACUGGCCUGCCAAUGGCACCAUCGAGUUCAAGGAUGUCACCAUGCGCUACCGCGACGGCCUUCCCCUCGUCCUCCGCGGACUCUCCCUGCGCGUGAACGGUGGCGAGAAGAUCGGCGUCGUGGGCAGGACCGGCGCCGGCAAGUCCACGCUGAUGCUGGCCCUCUUCCGCAUCGUCGAGCUGGCGUCCGGGUCUAUCGCCGUCGACGACGUCGACAUCUCUGAGAUCGGGCUCAAGGAUCUACGGAGCAAGAUCUCCAUCAUCCCCCAGGACCCUCUGCUCUUUAGCGGCACGAUCCGCUCAAACCUCGACCCCUUUGGCCUCUACACGGACGCCCAGCUUUGGGACGCGCUCCACCGCUCGUACCUCGUGGAGUCUCCGAAGCCCGGAGAGGAGGGCACCGGGACGCCGAGCCGGUACAACCUCGAGUCGGUGAUCGAGAGCGAGGGCUCCAACCUCAGUGUCGGCGAGCGCAGCCUGCUCAGCUUGGCCCGCGCGCUCGUCAAAGACUCCCAGGUCGUCAUUCUCGACGAGGCUACCGCGUCCGUAGAUCUCGAGACCGACGCGAAGAUCCAGCACACAAUCCAGACGCAGUUCCGUCACAAGACGCUCCUCUGCAUUGCUCAUCGUCUUCGAACCAUCAUCUCGUACGACCGCAUUCUCGUCAUGGACGCGGGCAAGAUCGCGGAGUUCGAUACGCCCGAGAACCUCUUUAAGACCUCCGACAGCAUCUUCCACGGGAUGUGCGAGCGCAGCGGAAUUACUUUCGACGAGAUCCGGCGCUCCCGCACCAAGAUGCAGUUAUGA